AUACAAAAAUGUAAGCAAAACAGAUGUGAGACAGAGUUGGAUUAAACAUCCAAAGAGUGCACCGCCUCGUCAGACUCAAACUAUGGAAGAUCUUUUUACUGCACCUGACCGGUUUAUAAAUUACAGCCAUGCAUUGGAUUUUAGAACCAGAACCACCGGUGCCACAGGUAUGUGUUCCGAUCAUUGACGACCUGUUGGCAAGUCCAGAAUUUCUGGCUGCAGAGCAUCCAUCGACUUGGUUGAGACAGAAACUGAUUGUGAAUGAAGACCAAAUUCAACAGAUUGCUGCUUUGACAGUUGGACAGAAAGAUAACUGCCUCUGGUCUGCAGUGCGAAGAAAUCGUCUUACUGCUUCUAACUUUGGUUGCGUUUUAGCAGCAGUAAAGAGAAAUAGAUACCAUGUUUCCCUUUUUAAGCGCUUAUGCCAAGCCUAUGAUCUGUCAAAGAAAGAUGCAAUAAUCUGGGGAGUUUGUAAUGAAAGAGUAGCCAUAGACAAGUACAGAUCAUUUGGGGAUGCAGUAGUAGAACCAACAGGCAUAUGGCUUCACCAUAAUGGUGUCCUUGGAUCUAGUCCUGACGGAAUUAUACGUCGUGCAGCUGCUUUUGGAUUUUACCACCAAAGUCCAGCUUUGACUGAUAUAAUGCAGGCUCACAACAUUCAGCCUGAGAUCCCGGAAGUAAAGUGUCCAUAUUCAGCAAAAGAUAAAACAAUAGUUGAAGCAGUCGAAACCAUUGCUGAUUUUUGCUUAGAGAUUCAAGAAUUUUGUGGGGAGAGAACUUACAAGCUGAAGGAGAACCACCCUUACUAUGAUCAAGUACAGGGACAGCUUUUUGUAGCCAAUAAACUUGCGUGCGACUUUGUGGUAUGGACACCCAAAGACUUUGUCAUUGUUAGAAUUCCUCAUGGCAAAGAAACGUAUCAGUUCUUACUGACUAUUAUUUUCACAAAUUUGUGCCACAUUUGCAACAAUGAUCUAACAAUGAUGUAAUACAUGUAUUAUUCAUGACUCAUAAAUUAUAGUAAUUUGUUGAGCAUCAAGCUUUCUCA